CGCCAUCCACCAUCCUCACGCAAGCAUGCAAGACGCCUCCUUCGACAGCCUUGUCGGCGACGACGACUCGCUGCGCGACCUCAUGCCGUCCGCACAGCAGCUCGACGUCUCGCCCGGCCUCCUGCGCCACACGCCGCGCGCCGGCCCCAGCCGCCUGCGCCCAAUCUACGUCUCGCCCGACAAGGAGCGCACGCUCGGCUUGGACGACACGCUGCAGCAGCAGGAGAACAUGCCGCCCGGCACGCCUUCACUGCCGGCACACCGCCGCCCUGCGACGCAUCUGCGGCCGCCUGCAUCGCCGGCGCUGGCGGCGCUCAUGCGCCUCAAGGACCUCACCAGCAGCCGCGCCGAGUCGCGCAAGCUGGCCGUCGCCAGCGCAGCCGCCGCAGCGCGGCCGGCAGACGAGAUGAGCAUGCUCUUCGAUGCUUCGCUGCAGCUGGGCCCAGCCUCGCCCUCGUCGCCGCUCAAGCGCACCCUCGGCAGCGCAUCGAGCCGCGCCGCAAACGGCGUGCGCGGCAGCAGGAGACAGCCGCGCGCCUCGAUGUUCCGCACCAAGGCGGACCAGGUGGUGGAUCUGAGUCUGCUUGGCGAGGAGGAAUUAGAGCGACUGGCGUGGGAGGACAUGGGAGAGAGCGAGCCGCCAGCGCAAGAGCAGCAGGAGAAGAAGCCUGUUGCGAGCCAGCAGGCGCAGCUGGGAGGCAGCGAGCCCAGUCCGGCGCGGACAGAGGCCAAGCAGCGCAAGGGCCGCGCCUUGAGGAAGCGGAGGAGCACAAUCGUCCCGACCGAGCUGGCCGCCUCUGCUCCUGCCUCUCCGGCGCCUGUGGCAACAGCGGCCGUCGACUCGCCUCGUCGCUCGACGCGGAACACGCCUGUGCCGCCCAGCCCGCAGCCGGACGCCGCGCCCUCUGAGCCAUUUCUGACGCAAGCUGCGCCGAAGCUAGGUUCUCCGUCGAAGCUGCCGCGGCGGGCCGUACGCACCACUACGCUUGGUACAGCAACGAAGCACGCCGAGGAGCCCGCAGAAGCUGUCGCGCCUCGUCGAGCGCCGGCAGAAGCGAAGCCCGCGGCGCCGGUCGUCGCCGCCGCAAAGUCUGCACUCCCGGCCGCCCGCAUCAGUCAUCUACUGCGCAAGCGCGAGCAGCAACGUGCUCAGCAGGCCAGCACGGUGAUGGAGGCGCAGAUGCCAAACGAGCUGCAGUCGCGGCCCGAGACGGAGAGCGGAACAGAGACUGCGGCUCCAGCUGAUGUGCCACAAGUCGCCGAGCUGAUUGAGGAGCAAGCUGUCGUCGUCACACAGCAAGAAGCCGAGCCAGACGCGCCGUCUCAGCCUUCACGGCCCGCCACGCCUGAACUGCUCCAGGCCAGCAGCACCUCGCUCACCGAGCCGCCGCGUGACGUGACGCCGCGUCGGCGCACACGCUCCUCGAUGAGAGACGCGACGCCCGCAAGCUCCUUUGAUGCUGCUCCGAGCGUCGCUGCACCUGCGGACCAGGACGACGCUCCUGGCCCGUCUCUUGCCUCUCGACCGUCGUCUCACGACCUCGAGCUGAGCCCACCGGCGCGUCCAGUGCGUGCGCGCGCCUCCCGACCGUGCGCCUCGGGCAUCACCAUCCCACGAUCGCCCUUUGCACGCUCCCGCCGCGAGAGCGCCGUGCGCUCGGCCGCAGCUCGCGCGCUGGCGACAGCGCGGAGCAGUGCAGUCACGUCGCGCAAGGACGCUCGUGCCAGCUUGGCCAGCUCAGGCGCGGCAACAAGCACCGCUCAAGACGCCAUCGUGGGCGUGCCGCAAGGCUUCCGCCUCUCGUCGACAGGCAUGCUUGUCGCCGUCCCGCGUGCGCAAGCUUUCGCGCGCCAGACCCGCCAUCAGCAGGCCGCACGAGCGCGUGCUGAGGAGGCGGCGGCGUCUGAGCGCGAGCGGACGGCGGGCCGCAUCAUUCCGCGUGCCAACCCGGUCCCGGCCUGGAUGCAGCAGCGCAAGGCACAGCUGGCGCUGGAGGAGGAGGCGCGCCUCGAAGCAGAGCGAGCUCGCGUGCGCGCGGAAGAACUCGGCAAAGGCGCUGCAUCGCUGCGCGCCUCGGCUAGGCGAGUCGAAGCGCCGGCACCAGCUGGGCGCAAGAGCCGAGGUGCCUUCGUCUCGAGCGUCGACGCACGCCUGCGCGAGCGCGCCGCCUGGGAGCUCAAGCGCGCCGGACACGAGAAGGUGCUCGAGGCGGAGCGAGAGCAGGCACGCAGCGAGCGCAUGCAGCGCGAGGAGCUGCAGUAUCGCGAGGCCCGCGCACGCGCCGUGCCCAAGGCCAACCCUGUGCCUGCCAGCAUCUACGGACACAGCACCAUGGCGACCAAGACGCGACGUGCUUAGUUACUCACCUGACUCCGCUGUACACCAGCCCCCACCCAUACCCCACGCAAAGCACACAGCCUGCACACUGAGG